GCUACAAGGCCGUGAUUCUCUAUAUCCUACACUAGGGAGGAAUCUAGUAGUACAUCUCCAUAUCCAGCAGUAGAUUUCAAUCGUCCCAUUUUCCCUUCCCUUCCCUUCAAAUCUCUCUGCUCUGCUGCCCUUCUCUUUCAAUCAACUCAUCCAUUCCACCCCUUUUCCUCUUUCUGCUUCAUCACGAGCAGAGGCAGACAACACAAUAUGCUAAGAUCUCCAGAACUUCCAGAUUGUUUUUAUUCAUGCAAUCCUGUGUUAAUCACCCCCUCUAGCCGAACACCUCAGCACUCGCUAUAUCUUUCAAAUCUUGAUGAUCAAAAUUUCCUCAGAUUUUCGAUCAAGUAUCUCUAUCUAUUCAGGAAGUCUGUAAACAUUGAUUGCCUUAAAGUUGCUCUCUCCAGACUUCUUGUAUAUUACUAUCCAUUAGCUGGGAGGUUAAAGAAAAGCCCGGAGAAUGAUCAUAAACUUGAAGUUGAGUGCAAUGGAGAAGGUGCAGUGUUUGCUGAAGGUUUUAUGGAUUUAACUGCUGAUGAGUUUGCUGAAAUUUUCCAAAAGCCAAACAGGACUUUUAGGAAACUCUUGUACAAGGUCGAAGCUCCAAGUUUCUUGGAUAUGCCUCCUCUAGUAGUUCAGGUCACCAACCUCCGUCGCGGAGGAAUGGUUCUCUGCACCGCGAUCAAUCACGGUCUCUGUGAUGGCGUUGGCACGUCCCAGUUCCUGCAUGCUUGGGCCCACCUGGUCACGAGACCUAACAGUGAUCUACCAAUCACCCCUUCCCACUUCCGUCACGUGCUGAAACCCCGAAAUCCUGCACAAGUUACUUUCCGUCACCCCACAUUCACCGAAUCAAAACCCGACAACCCCAUUUCUCGAUUGGACCCCAACAUUUACCAAUAUUUACAAUCUCAACCCCUUGUUCCCGCAUCCAUAACUUUUAACCCCUCCGAAAUUCUUAACCUCAGGAGGCAAUGCAUGCCCUCGCUAAAAUGCACCGCCUUUGAGGUCUUAGCAUCUCACACGUGGCGAUGUUGGGUUAAAGCGCUCGGCUUGCCAUCCUCAAAUAAAGUGAAGCUUCUGUUUUCGGUGAAUAUCAGAAAAACAUUAAACUACGAAAUCCCGCAGGGCUUUUAUGGGAAUGCAUUCGUGCUGGGAUGCGCCGAGGCGACGGCCCAAGAAUUGGUGGAGGACAACCUGCAUGGUGGGGUGAAAUUGGUGCAACAUGCAAAAUCGAUUUUAACCGGGGAAUAUGUGAAGUCUAUGAUCGAUCAUUUGGAGGACAAAACGUUGAAGACGGACCUUUCUUGCAGCUUGGUAAUUUCCCAGUGGUCAAAAUUAGGAUUAGAGGACUUGGAUUUUGGGGAAGGAAAGGCUUUGCAAAUGGGCCCUCUAACUAGUGAUAUUUACUGCUUGUUUUUACCGGUUAUCGGAGAUUGUGAUGCUAUUAGAGUUCUUGUGUCGAUGCCGGAAAGCGUGGUGGAUAAGUUUGAGCAUUACAUGACCAAGUUUUCUUCACAUGAUAGUGAACGAAAUGGACCAGAUGCAAAUGGUCUCGACAAUGUUGAGACGAAUGGAUUCUGAGCUAAUUGAAAAUUUUAAUUCUUUUUUGUUUUUAAAACUUUGUACUUGGAGAUUGGAGAGUGACUAGUAAAUGUUGCUUGCAUUUUUGUGUAUGGUAUUGAGGAAUCAAUAA